GCAGAACUCCACCCAAAAUAUCAUGGUUAACUCGUGCAUCAUCUUCCGCCUCUUCAAACUUGUAUCUCCACCGUCAACCACCGCACGCGACCGGUUCAUACCCUGCAUCCCUGCCUUACACGUUUUUCGCUCAUACUACGCUACCGGAACUGACACAAAAGAAAGUAACAACAGCGACAAAUGGUUCACUUUACCCCCUUUCACCCCUACCGUAAACGGCGCCGCUUUCGGCAAAGAAAUCUACCAUAACCGGGCCCGAAUAAGAUCUGGUGUAACCACCAAUGCCUCCUCCACCUCCACUACCACCACGGCGCUCAAAUGGGUGCUUCGGUGCUGCCCGGACCUGCCCAGAAGCCUUGUACAGAAGCUCUUUCGUCUGAGACAGGUUCGAAGAGAAUCCAACGAUGUAGGAAGCACUUGUGUAGAUGCUCAAGUUCAACAACAACGCCGCCUCAAAAGGGUGUCAGCGAAGGAAGCGAUGAAUGUAGGUGAUCGAAUCUUUCUUCCGAUUACUGUUCAAGAGUUUCCCUUUGAAAAACCAGACUGCCAUUGCGAUGAGGAAGAAGCGAACUUCGUCCGUAGCCUGGUGUUGUACAAGGAUCCAGCAAUCAUUGUUGUAAAUAAACCCCCCGGAAUGCCCGUACAGGGUGGCAUUGGCAUCAAACAAAGUUUAGAUGAGCUCGCUGCUACUUGUUUAACUUAUGACUAUUCCGAAACCCCUCGGCUGGUUCAUAGACUUGAUAGAGACAGCAGUGGCAUCUUGGUGAUGGGGAGAACACAAACGAGUGCGGCAGUUCUACACUCAAUCUUCCGUGAGAAAACUUUUGGUGCAAAAGAUGACGUUGACAAUGAAGUAAGAAUCCUGGAAAGAAGGUAUUGGGCUCUUGUCAUUGGAUCCCCAAGACGGCCAAAGGGGUUAAUUUCAGUCCCAUUGGGGAAGGUGGUGGUGGACAAUGGUAAAUCUGAUCGGAUUACAAUUGUUGAUAAUGCCCAAAAUACGUUAGCUCAGCAUGCAUUAACAAAGUAUCAAGUCAUUAAAUCGUCUUGUUAUGGAUACACAUGGCUAGAGCUCUCACCUCUGACUGGUAGAAAACACCAGCUCCGUGUACACUGUGCUGAGGUAUUAGGAACACCGAUAGUGGGAGACCUCAAAUAUGGAUGGCAAGCUCAUAAAAAGUUGGAACAUUUGCCAUGGCCAAGUCUUGAAAGGGGAUCACAUGAGAAUGUUACGAAGGGGAAGACCAUUCCCUUUGGCCUUGAUUUGCAGAGUGGCAGUAUCUCCGAGAAGCACCCUCGGCUUCAUCUUCAUUGCAAGCAAAUGGUAUUGCCCAAUGUGUCCAUGGCUUUGCAAAAUAUGCAAUUUUCUUCAGACUACCAUCUUUCACAAGUAGAAAGCCUUGUGUUGGUUGCUCCUUUGCCUUCAUACAUGCAAAGAAGUUGGGACAUUCUUUAAUUCUUGAGCUGCGGCCUACGAGCUUGCGCCAUUUUGUUUGGUCGCAUCUAUCUCUUGUUUAUGCUAAUUGUUGCCUAGGGAGACCUCGUCGUAAGAAGAAUGUUGUCAGCGGCAAAAUUAUAACGUUGCCAUAAGCCCGGUGGGCUACAAAUGGUAUGUUUACCGCCUUGUAGGUAAAAGGCUGCUAAAAGCCACAAAAUUUCAACAUGAACGUCGUGUUUGUUAUUGGUUUACUGGCCCGUUACUCUUUUUCAACUUCCGAGGAUAUGGUUUGUUUUGUCCA